UACAAUCUUUGCAUGAUGAGUUCUAAUUCUUCCAUAAAUGGCUUCUACAACAUGCUUAACCAAGGACUCAUUGACCUCCACCAAACCUUCAUCUCUCAUAAUUUCAUGUCUUUCCAAUUCCUUUCACAAGUUAUCUCAUCUCUACAAUCCUUCCAUUCCCAACUCACCCUUUUGGUCCGCAAGCUUAGGUUACCUGUUGGAGGAAAAUGGCUUGAUGAAUACAUGGAUGAAAGCUCAAGACUUUGGGAUUCUUGCCAUGUACUCAAAUCUGCCAUUUCUGGAAUUGAUAACUAUUACUCUUCUGCCACUAAUAUAGUUUCCUCUUUACAUGGUUACUACCAUCAUGUUACUCCUGAAUUUUCACGUCAGGUUAUUCGCGCUAUAAAUGUUUGUCAGAGGGAGAUUUUAGGAAUGGAGGAGGAAAACAAGAACUUAACAGAAACAAGGAUUCAACAAUUAUCUCAGUGUCUAAACCAAAACACGAACAUCUGUUCGAAUUCAAAUUCAAAACUAAAUGGAUUCAGUGGUUUCAGAGGUGUUCUUUUUGCAAUGAGGAGUGUUAGUUCAUUACUUCUGAUGAUUCUGCUUAGUGGACUUGCUUAUUGUUGGUCUUCCUCUUGUUUUCACCAUGAAGGACAAAUGGUUUCAAUGGAAAUGUUGCAACAAAAAGUGGCAGAAGAAAUAGACAACAAUGAUGGACAAGGGAUUCUUUUGUUUGAAUUUCAAAAAGCAAAGAUUGCAAUGGAAGAAUUAAAAGUGGAGUUGGAGAAUAUAACAUAUGGUGGUAAUGAGAUUCAAGAAAAAGUUGAGAAUGUGAAGAAUUGUUUUGGAUUAUUGAGAUGUGGUGUAGACACUAUCACAGGACAACUUGAUGAUUUCUUUGAUGAAAUAGUUGAAGGAAGGAAGAAGCUUUUUGGACAUGUGUAGUAGUCAUAGGUAGAACUAGCUAGCUAGUAACAACUACUUUUUUUUAUUUUAUUUUAUUUUAUUAUGUUAUAAUAAAAUUUUAAUGAAUUAAUGUUCCCUUA